AUGUUCCGACCGGCGACCCGAUUAAUUGCCUCAAAUGCGGCGCGUGCCGCUCCUCGCGCUGCCGCGCCCGCGCGACGAUUUAUUUCCACAGCACCCCCGACACAGAAGUCACGAAGUUGGAAGAGCUUGUUUGCGCGCGUCGGUGCUGCUGGUGCAAUAAUAUACUACUACAACACUGCGGACGUCUGGGCGGAGGAACCGAGACAUGUCGCAGCAACGCUUCCGAUCGCAGACGAAGUGACCGAGCAAUUACCCACCAUCGACGAUGUGUCCGCAGCUCGCCUCAAGCGAAAGGCAGAGCGGGAAGCUAUCGAGGCUCAAUUGGCGGCGCAGCAGCAGGCUCAGCAGCAGAAGCAGGCCGCCGCCGAAGCAAAUGACACUGUCGCCACAGCGGGGAGCGUAGAAGAGCUGGAGGAGGAGGCAGGACAGCAGGGCGCAUUCAACCCAGAGACGGGCGAGAUCAACUGGGAUUGUCCGUGCUUGGGCGGCAUGGCUGACGGGCCGUGUGGAGAAGAGUUCAAGGCGGCAUUCAGCUGCUUUGUGUACAGCACCGAGGAGCCGAAGGGCAUGGACUGCAUUGAGAAGUUCAAGGACAUGCAAGGCUGCUUCCGCAAAUACCCCGAUGUGUACGGCUCGGAGCUCGAAUCUGAUGCUGAUGACGACGAGGACGACCUCUCGGCAGAGGCAGCACCUGCGACUGCCAUAGCGGAUGCUACUCGGCCGGACGCGCAAUCCACCCCUGCGCCCCUCAGCACUCCCUCGUCGAGCAAACACGAUUCCAGCCUCGUGCCCCAGGAAUAUCGACCCAGCGGCGCGACAGACCGCGCGAACAAGGCGACCGAGCAGGUGAAGCGGGACCACGAGCCCACGAGCGAGAGCGAGCAGCUGGUUCCGAAGGCGGCACAUGAUGCGACUGACGCGAAGGUGGAGAAGAAGUAG